AUGGCGCUGGAGUUCAUCCUACAACUGUGCGAGCCGCCGCGUAGCCGCCUCCGCCUUCCCGAGGUGCUUGCGAGGGUGCUGGAGAUCGACCAGCCAGCGAGGUUGAGGCUCCACAUGAAGGGCUGUUGCAAUGGUGACAUGUGGGUGAACGCAAGGUUCCCCGUCCCUCAUGUGAUGCUCCUUCGUCGGGGUUGGAAAACCUUUGCACGUGCCCAUUGCUUGAUGAAGGGGCACAUUCUCUACUUCAAGUUAGUGGAGAGCGACCUGCUCUCCAUCAAGGUCUUCGGGCGCUUGGGACACAGGUUAGGAUGCUACGCGGAGAGCUCGGCCGACGAUGAGAGCUCCUCCUCGAGCGACGGCAAUGAUGAGGGGACUGGUGGGGAGGGCAACGGGGAUGGGUCCGACUAG